AUGGCUGUUAUCAUCUCAGACGCCGCAGUCGAGGGGCUGAAGCCUGUACGCUUGCCAGACGACGCAUCACUUGUCAAAUACGAUGACAAUCGCAUAACAUGGUCGCAUCAGACUCAGAAUGACGGUGAAGGCAAAAUCUAUAUCAAAACAGAAGAGAUCGUGCUCAUCGCAGAGGUUGCUGCAGGGGAUCAUCUCAUUCUUGCUCUGAGUCAAGGGGAAGAAGGCGCCGCAGAGUCCUUUCGACUGUCCGCUUUCGUGGCUCGGAACCUGCGGCAGGACUUGCUUGAUCAAUAUCUUCUGAGUAAACUUCCAGAUCACCUCUCGGCUGGUGCCGAAUCGAGCUUGAAGGUCGUCAUUUCCACAAAAUCGGGGACUGGCCAGUCUCAGAAGUUCUACGACUCGGUACUGCAGCCUCUCCUGACAGCCCUCGGCUUCAGAGGUGAAGAGGCAGGGGUCGAUGUCGACUCUUCAACUGGCGGGAAGGUCUAUCAGGUGACUGUGACGAAGGAUUCCAACAGUGUGAAGGAUUUCUCGAGAGAGAGAUGGGGUCGUGACGGAGGCUCCACCAAACGGGCGGAGGGUAGUGAGACUGUCAUUCUGCUUUCCGGUGACGGAGGCAUCGUAGAUCUCCUCAACGGAAGCACACAGCCUACAGAGCCAGGUCUGCUGCCAAAUAUCGCUAUCAUCCCACUGGGCACCGGCAAUGCAACUUUCCACUCCCUACACAAGCCUCACUACACCGCAUCCGACCGCCCAGCUCCGUUGCACCUGGUCCUGGCGCUCCAAGCCCUCCUGAAGGGCAAAUCUUCUCCGCUGCCAACCUUUGAGGCUCUAUUCACAUCGGGGUCUCAGCUUGUCGAGGAGAAGAAAGAAUCCACGGAAGCCCCUUCACCAAUCUCCCAGCUCACAGGAGCGAUAGUCGCCAGCUACGGCUUUCACUCACAACUCGUCUGGGAAUCCGAUACCCCCGCGUACCGCAAGCACGGUGACAAGCGCUUUGGGAUGGUCGCACAGGAACUCCUCAAGGAGGGUCAUGCUUAUAACGCAUCUGUCGAGACAUCCUCCUCGACUCUCAGCACCACGCGGUACAACUACAUCCUUGCCACCAUGGUGUCGAACCUGGAGAAGACUUUCACUAUCUCUCCGGAGAGCAAGCCGCUAGACGGGAAGCUGUGGCUAGUCCACUUCGGCGACGUAGGAGGGCAGAAGACCAUGGAGAUCAUGAUGGCGGCUUAUAACAAUGGGUCACACGUGGGAAUUGAGGGCGUGGGUUACGAAGCAGUGGAUUAUGUCAAGGUGAUGACCCAUGAAGAAGAUCCGAGGUGGAGGAAGGUGUGUAUCGACGGGACAAUCGUGGAGCUCCCGCAGGGCGGAUCGAUGACCGUCAAGAAAAGCCCCAACCCACGGCUUCAGGUGCUGGUGCUGGGGGCUUGA